UAGUUCGGGUAUCACUGAAACGACAGCAUUCAAAGUGUCGUUUCAGGUUCCAAAGUGUUGUUUCAUUGCAGGUUGCAGCGUUCCGUCAUCCCAAUUCAUGGCCGUGACUUCAAGCUCCGCCGCACCGCCACCAUAACCGCCGGAGCACCGCAAAGCCGUCGAACUGAAAGGGGUGUUGUUGUUCUGUUCAAUGCUUGAGCGAUUCUUUGGUACAUAGGAAGGGAACAUUGGUUUUUUGUUUGUUUGUUUGGAUAUGGAUAUAGUUGAAUCAGUAGGGAAGAUUCCGUUGCAAGACCCGAGUGAGGAGGAGUUCUCUGCUGCUGACUUGGCUUGGACCAAGUUUGGCAAUGCUGACCACCAUGAUGAAGUUGCCCUUAUUCCUUAUGAUCGGGUUGACGCUUUUAUAAUCGGUGAGUGCUGUAAUGUGGAGUGCCCGACUCGGUUCCAUAUCGAGAGAGGGAGGAAACGAACCCUUGGCAGCUUGAAGGAGUACAAGGAUGAUGAAUAUCUGGAGUAUAGGCUGUACUGGUGCUCAUUUGGCCCAGAAAAUUAUGGGGAGGGUGGAGGUAUAUUACCUAGUCGAAGAUAUCGACUUAAUACCCGAAAUCGAGCUGCUAGACCUCAAUCAAUGCGGGGUUGUACCUGUCAUUUUGCUGUCAAACGGCUUUAUGCCCGUCCGUCACUUGCGCUUAUCAUAUACAAUGAUAGGCGUCACGUUAAUAAGUCCGGUUUUGUCUGCCAUGGACCACUUGAUAGAGAUGCCAUUGGUCCAGGUGCCAAAAAAGUUCCAUACAUAUGCAAUGAAAUUCAGCAGCAAACAAUGUCCAUGAUUUAUCUGGGCAUUCCAGAAGAGAAUAUCUUGGAGAAACACAUUGAAGGAAUUGAGCGAUAUUGUGGUUCAAAUGCAAAAGUCAACAGCCUUGCUUCUCAGUAUGUCCACAAGCUAGGGAUGAUUGUCAAAAGGUCUACGCAUGAGCUGGAUCUCGAUGAUCAAGCUAGCAUCCGCAUGUGGGUUGAACGCAAUAGAAAAUCUGUAUUUUUUCAUCAGGAUGCUUCAGAUUCAGACCCAUUCAUCUUGGGGAUCCAAACAGAAUGGCAGCUACAGCAAAUGAUUCGUUUUGGUCAUCGCAAUGUUGUUGCAGCAGACUCAACUUUUGGUGUCAAGAGACUUAAAUAUCCCUUGUUCACACUAGUUGUUUUUGACUCAAGACAACAUGCACUUCCUGUUGCUUGGGUCAUUACACGUAGCUUUGCAAAGCCUGAUGUGUCUAAGUGGCUGAAAGCUUUACUUGAUCGAGCUCGUAGUGUUGAGCCUGGGUGGAAAGUCAGUGGAUUUGUAAUUGAUGAUGCUGCGGCUGAAAUUGAUCUUUUGAGAGAUAUAUUCUGCUGUCCUGUCCUAUUUUCGCUAUGGCGUGUUCGUAGAUCAUGGCUGAGGAAUAUUGUCAGGAAAUGCAGUAAUGUGGAGGUUCAGCGGGAGAUUUUUAAGUGUCUUGGUAAAAUUGUGUACAGCAUUUGGGAGGGCAGUAAUACAUCGCUUGCCUUGGAACAAUUUUUGCUGGAUUUUGUUGAUCAAACUGCUUUCAUUGAAUAUUUCAGAGCCUCUUGGGUGCCCAAGAUUGAAAUGUGGCUUUCAACGAUGAGAAAUUUUCCACUAGCAAGCCAGGAAGCUUCUGGAGCAUUGGAAGCCUACCAUGUUAAACUGAAAGCCAAACUUUUUGAUGAUUCACAUCUUGGAGCGCUGCAAAGAGUAGAUUGGUUAGUCCACAAGUUAACAACUGAGUUGCAUUCUAGCUACUGGCUUGACCGCUAUGCUGAUGAAAGUGAUUCAUUCCAGAAGGUGAAGGAGGAAUACAUUUCAUCGACAUCUUGGCAUCGAGCACUUCAAAUUCCCAACUCUGCCGUUACCUUGGAUGAUAAAGACCAUCUCUUUGCCAAAGUUGUGAGCCAGAAAGACAGCAGCUUAACACAUUUAGUGUGGAAUCCGGGAUCUGAAUUUGCAUUCUGUGAUUGUUCUUGGUCAAUGCAAGGUAACCUUUGCAAGCACGUCAUCAAAGUGAAGAUGAUUUGUGAAAAUCUUCAAGGUUCUCAACCAUCAAUGUCUUUUCAGUCAUUUGAAGAGGUUUUGACGGAUCUGUGGAGAAAACCAGUGGAUGAUUCAUUUGCAUUGGAUCUGUCGGUGGCAUGGACCCACCAGAUGCUAGACCAAAUCCAAAAACUUGUUGAACUGAAUAAUUCUAGUGAUAUUGGUUCUGUGGUUAACAAAAUGCCUCUGAAAUGGGUUUCCAAGAAAGGCAGAACUUACAUUGGUAAAAGAGCUUCAACUUUGGCUCUUCCCCCGGGUAGCAGUAACACGAAAAGUGUUGUUGUGCGUAAGAAGAAUAGGAAACGGAAAAGAUUGUCACGAUUAAGAUGACCAAUUUGGUUGGCAGUUUCGAAGUUUGAUCCGGGAUUAUUCUGAUCAAUGCAAACUGCAUUUCAUUUAAAAAAAAUUAUGUAGGUAAAGAGAAUAGUUAUUGCUGUUGUUACUAGCAUGGUUGGCAUUUGGAGAUAGCAUCAAGGAAACAAAAACAAUCCUGGUGCGUAUGUUUUGUUCAGCUCUCAUACAUGGCAAUACCUUUACGUGAUCACUUGAGAUGGAGGGGUGGUCAGUUUUUCUUGAAAUUUGGACACAUUCCCUUAGCCUUUCUUAGUUUUCUCUCUCACUUCCAUAAAGUCAUAUGCUAGCAUAGUUAAUUUUUUAUAUUGUAGCCUCUUCAUCUUUACAACUUGAAGUCCUUUCAAGUACUUGGUUCUCUGUGGAGGAUAGAUUAUUCCAUGGAUACUUUUUUUAUUUAUUUGAUGUUCUUGUUCUUUAAUUUGCAUGUACAUAUAGAAACUUUUGGCA